UAUAUAUGAGCUCCUAUAUAACUAAGGAGCUCGAAAAAUCAUCAAAAUCUUAGAAACAUUGUCUUCGAGCCACAAUGGCUGCUCGAAGAAGUGAAAAUCCUCACGCGAUAUUCAUACCGUUCCCUCUCCAAGGCCACCUCAUUCCUUCGGUUCUUCUAGCAACCAAACUAGCAUCAAAGGGAUUCACUAUCACCUUCGUUAACACCGAAUCCAUCCACCAUAGCAUCGCCAAAUCCUUAGCCACCCCCGACGAUGAUAUCUUUACCAAGGCACGAAAAGCCGGGUUGGAUAUAAGGUACACCACAGUGAGUGAUGGACUUCCAGUAGGUUUUGAUAGAUCCUUGAAUCAUGACCAAUUCAUGGAGUGCCUUCUCCAUGUAUCUUCAGCUCAUGUUGAUGAACUUGUUGGGAAUUUAAUAAAGCAUGAUCCCUCGAUUAGCUGUUUAAUCACGGAUAGUUUUCAUGUGUGGCCAUUGAUGAUCUCAGAGAAGUAUAAGUUGGUUAAUAUUUCGUUCUGGACUGAACCGGCUUUGAUUCUGAAUUUAUAUUAUCACUUGGACUUGCUCAAGAAAAAUGGACACUAUGAUCCACUUGAUAAAUGUGACGACAUCAUCGACUACAUACCAGGGGUAAAAUCAAUCAAACCAAAAGACACGAUGUCAUAUAUUCAAGCCACUGACACAGACACCGUGUCUCAUCGCAUCAUACACAAGGCAUUGUUUGGGGGUACAAAGAGUGCUGAUUUCGUGGUAUGUAACACGAUACAAGAGCUUGAACCUCAUACACUUUUAUCACUCAAUCAAACCCAACCAUUCUAUGCCAUCGGUCCUAUCUUCCCUAACGAGUUUACUCAAGAACUAGUGUCCACAAGCCUGUGGUCUCAGCAAGAUUGUAGUAGUUGGCUUGAUAAUAAACCUAUCAAGUCGGUCUUGUAUGUCUCUUUUGGUAGCUAUGCUCACACUACUAAACAUGUUCUCUCGGAAAUUGCUUGUGGGCUUUUAGAAAGUGGGAUUAGUUUCGUUUGGGCACUUCGUCCUGAUAUAGUAAGUUCUAAUGACACUGCUCUGCCUCUUGGGUUUGAAGAGCAAGUAAAGGAUCAAGGGUUGAUUGUGCCUUGGUGUAAUCAAAAGGCCGUUCUUUCACACCCGUCGAUAGGAGGGUUUCUGACACAUUGUGGAUGGAACUCGGUUUUGGAAAGUAUAUGGUGUGAGGUACCAAUGAUUUGUUUUCCGCUUUUGACCGAUCAAUUCACUAACAGGAAGUUAGUAGUUGAUGAUUGGAAAAUUGGGAUUAACUUAUGUGAGGGGGAUUUAGUUAAAAGAGAGGAAGUGACAAACAAAUUUAAAGAUUUGAUGAACGGAGAAAAGUCACAGGAAAUGAGGAUUGAGAUAAAAAAAACUAAAAGAACAUUAGAAAAUGCUCUGGCUAAGGGUGGAUCAUCUCAAAGAAAUUUUGAUCAGUUCGUGGAUGAAGUUAAAGUAAAAAUUGAUCAAAUGAAAUGAAUUAGUCAUUUCAUGGUAUCCCUUUCUAGCCCCCACCCCCCACUAGGUGUGUUUAUAUUUUCUACUAUAUCUUUGUAUCUAUAUCUAUGUCUGUAAUACAUAAAGUAGUACUCGUAAUAAUAAUAAUGGAUGUGGAAAGUUAAACUUA